ACUUUACUUUAGUCUAAACUCUGUAGGAUACCAUUCAAUAUUGUCUGGCACUGAAAUUCAUUAGCUUGUUCAUCUGGGAUUGGGUAAUCCUGCUUUGAAAAAUUUACUUUAUCUAGGACUAGUAGUUUGAGAAGUAUAAUAGUGUCUUUGCAUUCAGACUACUUAAUAAGAUCGUACCAUAAAUUAUCCAUUGGCACUCGUUUGAAGCAUACAAACCAUUGUGUUUGAAACCCUUGGCCUUCGGUACAUCUUCUGAAGCAGCACACGUAACGCUGUCGGCUCAUCUGUGUUUACAUUCAUUGUUAAUUUAUCGAAACUGUGCUGUGAAUGCGUGACGUGUGUUAAUUUAUAGCUCUAUGGCUAUAGGCUGAGAAUAAAAUGAACAAUGAUGUAGUGCAAGUAGUGAUUAAAUUAACAGACAGAAGAAGAGGGAAAAAACAAACUCGAUGGAAAGGAAGAAUAUUGUACGAACGUCAAGCGGAGAAAGGACGAAACAUUAUAAAUACAUCGUUAAUAUGGAUACACCUAAGCUGAUGCGGGGAAUUAUUUGUGAUAUUCACGGGGUUCAUAUUCACUGUUACAUUCUGACUGUUUCGCCCGCAUGUUUCGAAGGAGAUCUCGGUUAUGUGUGAUUUCAGCAAUGACAAAAUGGAGGUGAAAAGAAUUAUCAUGCACACUGACAGAGGUAGAUAGGAGACGGGUAUCCCACACAUUUCACAACUGACGGGCUGCGCGUGUCGUGAUGGAGGAACUCAUCAUGACAUCUCACCCAGCGAAUUCUACAUAAAGAUGGAGAAAUGAAUGAUCGCAGGGAAUGGGUCAUCAGACAUUCAUGAUCGAUGCAUUGGUUUCUAUUAUGCAGUGAUGCUUACGCGUUUAAAACGAUGAGAAGCUGGAAAAGCGCCAGAUAUUUACAAUAAUGGAAAUACUGUGUUUUUGGACUGUUCAUCAACUGAAGUCCACAAGACAAAUUCUCUCUCCAAGAAAAGUGGCACAUUGUGAACACAAAUAACGAUUCAGAUGGAUGUCUUUAAUGCCAGCUUCAACCUUUCUUCGGACGCGGUGCAUAUAUAUAACUUUCAUGAAAAUGAUGAGAAGGAGGUUUGGAUUACCCAAGUGCACUGCAUAUACCUCACUGAAUCAUUUUAGUUCAUUAACUUGGAAGGAGGCCAACCUACCAAAAUAGUGAGAGGGAUCCUUCAUCUUAACUCAAGAGUGCUCCGUGAGUGUGCACUGAAAUGCAAUAGCAGGAACUUUCGUCUCCUCAUCGAAGGGACUGGGCCAAAUAGUAUUUUCUUCUUAUAGCAAAGUAGUUUGUGCAAGAAGUUGGCAAUCGGAUUUCUGUCUCGAGUUACACAGUGAUAACGAGAAUGGAAGUCAAAGAAAAGAAUGACGUGGAAAGUCGGUCCUCCCGCCAUUAUGAGCCAGAGGAAAAGGAUUUACCAACAGCGAAGCCACUGCUCCAAUCUUCAGAGAUAUAUCGUCUUUCCGAGACUGAAGGCAUAGAGGCAGUUACAUUGGUGUCUACUUGUUCACGAUUAUGUAAAACCGUUGCAAGACACAAAGGACUCAUCUGGGCAUUUUUCUCUGCUUUGGCAGCUUCCUUGACAUCACUGGUGUUUAAAUUGCUAUCAGGUCGUGUCUCAAUCAACCAGAUUGUUGCCUUCCGGUCUGGGUUUUUCAUCCUGAUGGCGAUACCAGCUCUAGUCUGGCAUAAAAUCUCAUUGAACAUGCCUUUCAAGAUCUGGAUGAUUUUGUCCUUACGUGGUUUCAUUGGAGCAGUGAGCACGACCUGCUAUUUUUACGCUUAUCAAUAUCUGGACAUCUCCACGGCCAAGGCCGUCACGUACAGCUCUCCUUUAUUUACAGCAUUAUUCGCAUGUUUAUGUGUCAAAGAGAGAUGUAAUGUUCCAACGGUAUUCUUCUCCUUAACCACCAUAGUCGCUGUCGUACUCGUGGUGCAGCCAUCGUUUAUUUUCGGCCGAGGGGGUGUCUCACCGAUUGGAACCGUUAUCGCUUUAGGCGCGUCGAAUGCCAUAGCCUUCUCUCUCAUCCUUCUCCGGCUGCUCGGAAGAUACAAGAUCCAUGCCCAGGUCGUUAUUUUGGUGUUCGGAUGCGUUGGCGUAGUGGUAUCACCCAUCAUGACAAGCGCCCUCAACGAGUGGUCCAACCCUCACUGUGGGACAGAUCGGCUUCUCGUUCUCUGUAUUUGUAUCCUGAGCUAUUCUGAGUGGAUGAUGGUGACAGUUGCGUUGCAAACCGACAAGGCAGCCUACGUGGCAGUCAUAAGAGCGAGUGACGUCUUCAUGACGUUUGCCUUUGACAUGGUAUUCUUUGGUUUAUCACCAAAUGUCUUGACGAUCGUUGGAGCCCUUGGUGUGGUGGCGAGCUCAUUGGGAAUGACGUUGUAUGCCCAUUUCACAUACAAAAACGAAGAAGGUGAUCACGAGAGUAAUAGCAACGUGUAAUUGAAAUUCAAUGUUCAAUUACAUGAAAACCUCCAUGUUAUUCUUCGAGAUGGGCUGUAUAAUAUUUAAACUCUUUAUUCCUACCAUGACUAGUGUCGAGAAUCUUGCCUUUAGAUAUUAUUCAUUACGCGCAAACGCUGCUCAGAAAAACGUCCUCAUCUACUUGUCCUCCAUGAGAGACAGAUUCAGAACCCUCUGAACUCUUAUGUUAAAAUGUGCACUCUAUAAAGGGUGUUUCAUGAAACUACAAAAUUAUUUAAGUGUAAAUAUAUGCAAUGCAGAAUGCGAUGCAAAAGGCUCGAUUACCUAUUGACGUCUAUAGAUAUGACAAGUGCAAGUAAACCAAUGUUUUCUUUUAAAAAAAUUUAUCAAUUUCAUGAAUCAAUACGGUGGAAAAGGGGAAACAGUUCUGUCUAUUCAACUGUCAAAUUUUGCUGGUCUAUCAUGCCUAUUAUCUCUUUUACAUGACUUAGUAGGCAAUGGACCAGACGUGACUUAUAACCUAUAAAGUGAGCUGGAAAACAUUCCUGGGGGCUGGGGCGGCACUCAAAAUAUGUUAAUUUGUAGAAACGAACAUGGUACACGCGCGCUCCAUGACUGUGUUUUAAAACCAUCCGUAAAAGGGCUCUUUUUUUGGUCAACAUAUUCCACAUCAAACAUAAACAUUUUAUUGUAAAUGAAAACCUUUAAACAAGACUAACAACUCUUUGAUUGGCGCAAAUAUUCACUGCUGAAUGAUACGCGCCGUAUAAGCUAAAACAACAAGAUAAUAAAGGAUUUCUAAUGGCGUCAAAAUCCAGACAAAUUAUUGGAAAACACACUAAUACAACCUGAAAAAUAUAGAAUUUUACUCAAAUUUUUGCUUCAAUUAUCCAGAAAAGUUUCCUUCUCCUGAUAUUUUCCCGUACACCCUAAAAGGUCACAAAAGAAUCGCGCCUCAGCCAGCAAAAUUACCCCUUUUUUACGCGUUUUCUGUUCGUUCGCGUGUACAGCAAUCAGUGCCACACCCACUUUCCCCUCGCGAGAAAAUUCCCGCAUGAAUAUAUUUGGCGAUCAUAGAAUAUUAUCAUUUUGUGUUUUAUUCAAUAUUAUACGGUAUUAUACUUAUUUAUGUUGCAUUGUACACGCCGAUCUAUAUUCAAAAUGCAUAUUUAUAAUGUAUGUUAUUAAAACUUGAUGAUAAUCCAAGAA